AUGGGAGGGACAGUGAGCCACUUUUUUCAAUCGGGAAGUGCCCUCUUAUCAGCAGGGAAUCAUAGGGGAUGUAAUGAACAAACCAGAGCGAAGAUCAGAACUGUCUUUGAUGCCCUUAGAGCGAACCCUAAAGUGACAGCUCAUCGCUUGGAUGGUCUUCUAUCCCAAAUACCGAAGAGUGAAAAUAUUCUAGUCGUUCAUAAUGAAGAAGGAUAUAAUUUACUUCAAAAAUGUGUUGGAAUCAAUAAUGUUGAUAUGGUUAGAUGGAUACUAUCUAGAAAUACUGACUUAAAUCGAGGCCCUUGUUCAUUUCCUCUUCAUAUAGCCUGUUUGAAAGGUUAUGAAGAUUGUGUGGAACUUCUUCUGAAGCAUGGCGCAAGGAUAGAUGUAGAAGCCCGAAUGUGUUGGCCUGGUCCUCAUAAUCAGGCCUGUGAAGAAAGAGGAAAAUUUUGUGUACUUGACGACAGAGCAGACAGGACAAGUGAAAAACUUCAGAGUGCCAUUUGUUAUGCUAUCGAUGGAGAUCAGGUUGAAAUACUUGAACUCCUGAUGCAGCAGGGUGAAGAUCAUUGGUUACCAUGGCAACAAAAGCGCCCCCUUCUUCACAUUGCCUGUGAACGCGGAGCCUGGAACUGUGUAAAAUAUCUCGUCGCCGAGAGAUCUGAUGAGAUCAAUCAAUGUUAUGAUGAAUAUUAUCCCAUUCAUCAGGCUGCUCUUAGGCCUAUCAAGUUUUUGGAACUUUUGAUUGGAUGUGGUGCAACCACUAGUGUCUGCACUGCAACUCAGCAAAUGACUGUCCUUCAUCUAGUCUUUUUACUCGGACGGAAGAGUGCUGAAGAGACUCUUCAAACUUGUAAACUUCUUCUAGACCACGGGCUUAGAGAAAAGAUAAAUCAACCUGAUUCUCUAGGUAAUACGCCUCUACACGGCCUUAUCGUGCGAUACGCUUUAGAGGAGGCUCGCUAUGGUUAUGAUUCUGAUAAUCAACCGUGGAAUAAGUGGGAUGUUCUCCAUUUGGUUAGAUACUUACUUCAAAAUGGCGCUAGACCUUCCAUAAACCAACCUGGAAAUAGCGCUCUAGCGUGCGUUCUCAGACAUGUCAGAGAUUGGGAAUUCAGGUAUGAGUUAUUGAACAUGCUGCUGCAAGAAGGAGGAAAUCCGAAUGUUGUUGGACGAGAUGGAAGCGUUCCUCUAAUGGUCUGCCUAGUGCCACUUAUUAACAAAGAUCCCCUUCACCAUUUUACUCACACUAUGAAGGUAUGCUAUCUUAACUGCGUAAGGAUUCUUUUAAAACACGGUGCGAAUCCGAACUGUUCAUCCAGGAGCAAUUUAACACCGCUCCAUGUCUUGAUGUUUUCGGCGAGUGAAACGGUGACCCUCGGGCGUGAUAUGGAAAGAAAGAUGGAAUUUAUUCGAAGCCUCCUUGUCCUCCUUCUUCAACAUGGCCUUGAAACUAACAUCCAUUUCUCUUCCCGCCGUUCUCAUAUCCUCUUAGAACUUUUAGACAUGGUGAGGGCUACUCGGGCUUCUUCUGAUAUCCAACACGUGUACAAUCUCACUCUUACAUUUUUACAGUACAGAGCCAAUCCUGACAUAUGCUUCACAGCUCAGGAUACAAGAGAAACAUCAUCUGUCGCAUCUUCUAUUUACCUCCGUUCAGCUGGCUCUCACCCUGUAUUAUAUCAUUACGUCAUAAUGGUUUCUCAAAAGGAUGAUUUGGCUCUCGAUCCGCAGCAGAGGUUCGCUCCACUCAUUCGGCUUUACGCUCUUAGCAUGGGACAUAAAGAGUUGUACUCAACACUCUCGGCAUUAUUGAGAGCUCAAGAAGCAGGGGUUAUCCCUGUGCGGGCUACGGCUAUCUGUUCCCUGCUUAAGGAGAUGAGCUGUAGGCCGAGAACCCUUAAGCAAAUAGCUCGUAAUGUUAUAUAUCGGGCCGUAGAUCGCCAGCCCGGCCUUGUCGUCAAUAAGCUACCGCUUCCUAACUCAUUGAAAGAAUAUUUACUCAACUUUGAGCCGUAA